UAUGAUUUAUUUUGUUUGAGGUUAUAAUUGUAAACUAAACGUUUGCCCAAGUAUUUUGUUGUAGGAUUAGUUCAUAAAAAUGGUGAAGGAAACAAGCGCAAAUUCCUCUCGAGAGAGUUCGAUUAAAAAAAGACGUAAAAAUCCAAUUGGAGAUCCAGAAGUUGAAAGUGAUAUAUACAAGAAAGUUAUUGCCUUCGAAGAGAAGGAAGCGUUUAAGCGAACCGCCGCUAGUGAUAUUAAAUUGUGCCUCGAGAUAUGCGAGCACAUAAGGAACAUAAUGCUAGAAAUUGUCGAGUUACGAUGCCGUAAACCACCGGACUUUGCAGCGAAAUUGUAUGAUAAGACUGUUCAGGGAUGUUCGUAUAUUAUUAUGUUGAAAAAAUUUAAUCGAUUAGAUCGUGUUCGUAUGACUUCUUCACGUGAGGCGAUUGCCACCGACAGGCAUAAGAACGACAGCACAGAAUUACAAUAUCAGAAUCUUCUAUACGAAUCCGCCCACUUGUCCUCUGAGAUUAAAAAGUGUAAACAGUUCAAGUCGAAGGAUGAAGAUGUGGAGCUUGUAAGUGUGGAGGAGUUUCUUCAGGAUGCGCCCGCCGCGAAGACGAAACCAUUUAAAAAUUAUCCGAAUUUGGAUAAUACCCAGAAACAUGAGCUUCACCUGGCAAGACUGGAAUGGGAAUUAACGCAAAGAAAAAAAUUGGCUCAACAGUGCAGUAGCUUGGAAGACGAAAAAAAGCAAAUAGCAGCAGAUAUUUUAAAGACAAAGAAUCGACUCUCGGAAUUGUUGCCAAAGUUGGUCACAGUUUUGGAUACUAUGAAACCACUGCAUGAGGACUUGGGUUUGCCUGUUGAAAAAAGUUAUGUGGAAGAAAGGCAAAGAUUUCUGUUGCCCGAUCCUUUGUUCAUUUUUUAUGCAAAUGCUGACGGCUUUAAGGAAGUUCACGGUAUAAAUAUCACAUUAAACAUCCUAGGAGAGCAAGACGAAGCUAUCCGUUGGAAAGAAUCCCAAAAUAUUUCCAUUUUUCAAAAUGAUGACACUGAUGCAGAGAAUGACCGGCAAGAAAUUGAAGAGAGUGUGGAGGUGGUCAAAAAAAGACGUCAUCGUAAAGCCAGUCAAAUUGAUAAGAAUGAAGAGCGUCGUAAACUCUUGCUGGAGGUCCAUCCUUUGUCAGUUCAGCUUAUAAUUCAUCAUAAGAGUGGCAGUGUCUUGACGAUGCAAUUUUUUUAUUUGACCUCAUUAAAUAUUAUCGCUGUUACAUCUGAUGUCCAAUUUUCGGAUCACAUUACUGGAUGCGGCGCCAAAGAAGUUCUUUAUGGAGAAAACAUACUGAAGGAAUUAUUCACCGGAGAUUUUGGCCUUGACAGCCCGAAUCCUUUAAACCAGUACCAAUUGAAAAAGAUCGGUCUCAACUCCUAUCAGUCCCUCGUUCCAACUUUGGGCUAUGUGUAUUCGUGGGCACAAAAGGUUUGCGGAUUGGAAUUUCUAAUGUCGCAGAGAUUGAAAGCCGAAAGCAGUGUCAGUGGCCGCCAUAUUGACAUCGUCAUGAACGCUUUGAAUAAACGACUCGGCUCAAGAACAUCAUUGGCAGUGCAGUUGCAGCAGCUUGAGCAAAACGUAAUGCCAACCGUCCCGGAGUCUGUCGACAUGCCUCAAAAUGUCAUCUCUUCAUUGGCCAAGUGGACCUCCAUCAGUUGGCAAAAUUUUUGCGAAGCAACAUGCACAGCCGCUUUACUAGCGAGUGAGAUGGUUUCUUCAAGUGAUCUCUUUUAUUGUGCCACAAUCACCAGAACAAGAGCUUCGAUUAAAGCUUAUAUCGCCAUUCAAAAUGAUUAUCCCAAGCAAACUCCGAUAUUUUGCUUGAAUGCGUUUUGUGAUGGGGAAUUUCAUUCAGGAAAUUGCGACCAGAUCAGGGAUAUGGAAAGAGCGGUAAACGUGGAAUGGAGUAAUAGCAGUGCUCAUAGCGCCACUUGGUUGUUGGCAGCACAGCUUCGCUAUCUUUGUGCAUACUUUGAUGUUUUCCUGGAGAUUCAAUCACCUGUAACUUAUGCCCAAAAUGCAGUAUUUUUUAAGAAUAUGUGUGGACGCAAUAAGAGACGACCGUUUAAAUUCAGAAAAGUUGGAACUGGAUUUUUUACACAAUUUUAACAUUUAUUUGAUAAAUUGUAUUUGCCUUACAAUAUAGCAUGCACAAUUUUGUAAAA